CAGUACUCUAGGAAAAUGCAUUUUGUUUGUCAUUAUAGGACUUGGACAAAAACAGUUGGCCAUGGACACGUUUUCUUUUAACGCAACUGCCUUGCGUGAGGACCCAGUGGACUGCAUGCAGCCUGCUCCAUUCUCAGGACUUUCAACAUGGAAGAGGAAUGGGAAGAGGAGGAGCAGCUUGUUGUGAUGGAGCUCUCAGGUGUUAUCAGCAAUGACUUCAUGUCCAGGUGUCAGGGAACAUGCAAGAUACUGGAUAUUGACAGUGACAAGCCCAUGAUGCAGGUCGGACAGUAUGUGUUUGCAGGUGAAUAUGAAGAUGCUUUAGGAACUUGUGUGCUGUUCAACGAAGUACCACAGAAAGAAAAUGCAGACAGUGGCCCAGAAAUCAAGUACAUGUGCCAUACCAUGAAGAAACUGAUGAUGCAACGAGUCUUCCUCACUGAGAAGAAAGAGGAUGAAACCUCCACAGGAGGAUUGACCCAAUCUGACCUUUUUAUCUGCAUUUAACAAAGAAUCAGCUUUGCACAACAUUGGUAAAAACAAAAAGAGGGAUA